AUGGAAUACUCACACUUCAGCCACCAUCACAAGCUGAAGAUCCACCAAGUGACAGAAGGCCAAACCAUCCGUUGCUCUGGCUGCGAAAAGCUCUGCCACAGCACCGUCUACGCGUGCUGGCAGUGCAACUACUUUCUCCAUGACCAUUGUGCUAGCGCUGCGCGUUACAUAAAAAAACAUCCAUCAGAUGCUCAGCACCCUCUUGUUCUCAUCCCGAAGCCAACUUACUGCAGCGGAUCAUUCAUAUGUAAUGCUUGUGGAGAGACCGGGAGCUCAUUUUCUUAUUGUUGCGUGCUUUGUGAGAUUGAUCUUCAUGUGCAUUGUGCUUUCUUGCCUCUUAGGGUCAGCCAUAAGUCCCACCAACAUGAGCUCAAGUUGUAUCUUGGUGUUAUAAAUAAGAAGGAUGAAGUUCCUGAUGAGUUUUGUAAGAUCUGUAGCAAGGUGUUGAGCCUUAGGAAUUUUUGUUAUUAUUGUCUUGACUGUGAAUUUGGUGUGCACACUUUUUGUGCAACCAAUGAGGUCAAACCAGAGUUGUACGUGGUUGAUGAUUCGGUGGCUAAUACUGAGGCAACGUCGUCUAAUACACAGGCUGCUGCGGUGAAUGAACCAACUGCAGAAGAGGUGAUUGUAGAGUUGUAUAAUCUUCAACUUCAAAUGCAGAUGGCUCAGGGACUUGCUCAGAUGAUGGCCUCGUUUAAUCCAAGUCUAAGUUGA